UACGAUCCCGAUCGUAACCGAUAUUUAACGAUUAUCUCCCUGCAGUCGGCGUUUUGUUUUUUCUUCCGACUUUCAGUUUUGAAGAAGGUAGUACAUUAACGCCCCCGGCGGUUUGGAGAUUUCCUGCAUGGAGACGGAGCCCCUGCUGACCGGCAGGCUGCGCCGCGGCUCGUCGGACUAUGGCUCCGGGUCGGAACACGGUUGCUCCGAUCCACUCAGGACGCGACGGAUGUCCUAUUCAGUCGCAGGGGGGUCGUGUAGUGUCGAAGGGGAUGACGAGGCCCUCUACAUUCAGCAAGCUGUCGUGUUCAUUGAAGAUGCUAUACAGUAUCGCUCAAUCAACCACCGGGUAGAUACCAGCUCACUUCGUCUAUAUCGAUGGUACUACUCAAAAAUAUGUCAAUGGGGUCUGGGCCUCACUAUUGCUGUCGUGUUGAUGCUGGCCUUUGUGGAGCGCCCUUCUUCCCUCUCUGCUUCCUCAGACCCCCGGUACCGUGCCCCACCCUGGGAACCUCCCUGUGGCCUGACCGAGAGCAUCGAGAUGGUCUGCCUCGUCAUCUUCUGUUUGGACCUUGCUGUAAAGAGCUAUCUGAUUGGUUGGGAGGAGUUCAGAAAGAGCAAAUGGCUGAUUGGCUACACUGUGGUCCUCUCAGCCUCCAUCAUUGACUGGGUGCUAUCUGUCAGUAUGGAGUGUGAUGAGAAAUUGAGAGUGCGAAGACUCAUCAGGCCGUUCUUCCUCCUUCAAAACUCCUCCCUAAUGAAGAAAACUCUCAAGUGCAUUAAGAGGACCCUGCCGGAGAUAGCCAGUGUGUUUCUCUUGUUGGCCCUCCACCUCUGCCUGUUCACAAUGAUAGGCAUGCUGCUGUUUGCCAAAACGGAGGACCCAGAGAUGAAUGGGGAGUGGGAAUUGUAUUUCAAGAACCUGCCCCAGGCACUCACCUCUUUACUGGUGCUGCUCACCACAGCCAACAACCCCGAUGUGAUGAUCCCUGCCUACACCUUCAACAGAGGCUACUCUAUCUUCUUCAUCAUCUUCAGUGUGUUUGGGACCUUCUUCUUGAUGAACCUACUGACUGCUAUCAUCUAUAACCAAUUCAGGGGAUACCUACUGAUGUCAGUCCAGACCUCCAUUAUCAGGAGACGGCUGGGGAUUAGGGCUGCCUUCCAAAUUCUCACCUGCCAGGGAGCUAAUCGUGCCACUGAACAACGUGUAAAUGUGGAUAAGCUGCUAGAGGUGUUAUCCAGGGUCACGAUGAAGUCCUACUACAGGGUGGCCAUCAUCAAGGAAGUACAACAGUACGCAGCUGUUGGUUCCAUCGAGCGACAGGCCUUUGGGAAGUUGUUUGAUGAGCUGGAUAAGGACCGCAUCAAAGAUCACCCUCCACUGCCACAGUAUGAGUCUCCAAUACUCCAGAAACUGCAAGUGAUCUUCAGUCACUACUAUGUCACUAUAGUGGGCAAUGUCAUGGCACUGGCCAAUGUCAUAUGCAUAUGUACUGUCCUGGUGUUAAACUCUGAGAAGUCCAUUGCAGAAAUGGAUGAUUACUACAUGGAGGUAAUCAACUGUUGCUUUAUCGUCUGCUACCUGUUGGAGAUCUUCCUAAAAAUCUUUGCCUUUGGCUGGAAAGGUUACAUCUCAUAUAGAAACAACAUCUUUGAUGGUCUCCUCAUAAUCCCAUUACUGGUUCUCCAGGUUACUAUAUUUGUUGCUUACAGGCUUCCAUAUCCUCAGUGGAAAAUAUGGGAGAUGGUUCGGCUGAUCAACCUGCUGAUUGUCUUUCGCUUUCUACGCGUCAUCCCAGACAUAAAGCUCAUGGCUCUUGUUGCUAGUACGCUGUUAGACCUGGUGAAAAACCUCAGGGCCUUUGCAGGAAUACUUGUUGUGGUGUACUAUAUAUUUGCUGUGUUUGGAAUAUGGCUUUUUGAAGGAGCCAUUAAGUCACCAGGUGCACAUAUGAGUGUGAGCUCCAACUCCACUAUGGAAAAUAUUACCUCUAACUUCAGCAUGGUGUGUGGUACCUAUGAACAGCUCGGCUAUUGGCCCAACAACUUUGACGACUUUGCUGCUUCCAUUGUUCUGCUAUACAAUGUUAUGGUGGUGAACAACUGGCAAGCUUUCAUGGAUGUCUACAGCAGAUACACCACAGAGUGGGCCAAGGUAUACUUUGUCUGCUGGUGGCUCACCUCAUCUGUAAUGUGGGUCAACCUGUUUGUGGCUCUCAUCCUGGAGAAUUUCAUCUACAAGUGGGAUCGCAGCCACAGCUGUUCUGUUACGGAGGUAGAGAGGACGAGAUAUGAAACUUCUGUUCAGCUCAUGUUCAAAGAACAGAUCCAGGAGCCAACAGAAGAGGAGCUACUUACGCAACUACACCAACACCCUCAUCUACACCUUCUCUGCUAACACAUGUAUGUGUUUAUACACACACACACACACACACACACACACACACACACACAC